AUGUCGACGGCGAAGGAAUCCGUCUGCGUGACUGGCGCCGGAGGUUUCUUAGGCUCUUGGGUUGUUCACAACCUACUCUCCAAAAACUAUCUGGUCCGUGGCACCGUCAGAGACCCCUUGGAUACAAAGAAUGCCCACUUAAAGCAAAUCCCAAACGCAUCCACGAAUCUGGAGCUCGUGAAGGCCGAAUUACUGGACUACCCUUCACUGCUUUCUGCAAUUCAGGGCUGCUCCGGCGUCUUCCAUGUCGCCAGUCCUGUUCCCUCUUCCGUCGUACUGAAUCCACAGACUAGUGUUGAGAUCAUCGAGCCAGCAGUGACUGGAACCCUAAAUGUUCUUAAAGCCUGCGUUGAGACGAAGGUGAAGCGAGUGGUGGUUGUCUCUUCUGGUGCUGCUGUCAUCAUGAACCCUGCCUGGCCCAGCGGUCGACCCAUGGACGAGUCUUGCUGGUCCGAUGUGGAAUAUUGCAGAGCUACUGAGAGAUGGUAUCAAGUUUCCAAGACAGAAGCAGAGAGCCAGGCAAUUGAGUACGGGAAAGCCACUGGACUCGAUUUAGUAACCGUUUGUCCCAAUCUCAUCAUGGGCCCUGUUCUUCAGCCAACGAGGAACGCAAGCACCUUGGUUCUCUCCAUGGCUUUGAAAGAAGGAGGUCAGGACUCUGUGGAGAACAAGCAUUGGAUGGUUGUGGAUGUGCGUGAUGUAGCCGAAGCUUUAGUCUUGGUGUAUGAGAAACCCGAGACGCAGGGGAGGUACAUAUGCUCGGCUCAUUCGGUUCGUGUUAAGGACAUGGUUGAGAUGGUGACGGAUAAAUACCCUGACUACAAUCAUCACAAGAAGUAA